UCAGUUCAUCAGCUGCCGCCGCCUAUAAAACGAGCUGUGAGGGGCUCACACGCACACACACUCACACAGCUGAAAGCUUACAGAAAGUCCGGACACAUUUGAGCUGCUUUUAGCCGCAUUCAGUACUGGAUAAUGCCUUUUGGGAGAGCGAGGAGAGCUCUACAUUUGGAGAGGCUCUUCAGGUGUACCGCUGUGUCCACUGCUCUGGGGCAUGGCGUGAUGAGAACGAAAGUAAAAUCACGUCAGGGUGUGGCUAGGGUGACCAGUCCCGAAACUGGGAGCUUUGUCCCGCGUCCCGCAAGACAAGACGACCUUGAAAUUAGUGAAGAAAUCAGAAGUGAUGAAAGCAUAGCUGAUGAAGAUAGCAAAGCACAAAGCCAGAAAAAACCCCACAAAAUCAAAAUACCGAAAAAUAUUAAAAUGAAAAACCCUAUGAAACACCGAAAGAAACAUGAUGCUGCCACCUCCGAAACAGUAUUAGUUUUGGACCUUGAUGCCAAUGACAGCAUGGCGGAUUCCUGUGGUUGUCCUGAAGAGGAAAGUCAGAAAAGUACAAUCAAAAACAAAAUAUCAGAAAGAAUGAAAAUUCCUGACUUCAUGAAAAGGCAGAAGAAUCCAAAAUCCCCUGAAACUCCAUCAGUGGACCUGGAUUUCAAUGGGAACCUUGAACAGAACCGUCUGGUUAAAGCACAGCAGCUGCUUGUGGAAGCUGAGGAACGUCUCUUCGGUUCAAAUGAAGUGGCCAGGACAGAAGAAGAGAAGGACAAGCUGCAGACAGACUAUGAGCACUUUCUUGUGCGACUGAGGAUAGUCAUCAAUGACUCUUUCAGUGAGGACAACCAGGAGACACUCAGGAGUGCUUUGACUUCAGUACUUCAAGAGGAGGCACAGGACAGACGCUGGGCGAAAGUGGCUGUGGAUGAGCGUCCAAUAUGGAGGCCGACAAAGUGCAGAGAGAUGCAUGACAUACUACUCCAGACAGUCGUGGAGGAAAGAAUGAAGACUGGAGAUGAACAGGAGAAUAAAGUAGACCAGCUUUCUACCUCCUUGAAGAGAGAGGUGUGUCGAAUGGGCAAACAAGUCCAAAAAGACCUGCUCAGAGUGGUCCGAAAUCUGAGAGAAUGUUACCCUCCAGAGUUUGACAUCUGCAGAACAUAUGCUCGACUCUACCAUCAAACCUUCUCCACCAGACUCCAAGAGCUCGCCAGAGCCAGUGUCGAUUUUGAGGAUUGCCUCUAUAUAUUGAGUUGGAUUGUGGAUUACUACCCAAAAGAUGUAUUGAAACACAAAGAACUAGAGGAGCACAUCAACAAUUCAUCACUUGGACCUUUGUUACCUGAAGAAGAUCUUAAGAGAUUAGAGGAACAGUACUUCUCAUACAAAGAGAACGAGAUCAGAAAGUGGUUAUCCAAUGCUUUUGAGAAAGAAGUGAAAAAAUGGAGUGAUGGCAUCGAACCAGAGAUCAUGGAUGGAUACUACUUCAGUAACCUUGCUGUAGAUGUUUUACCACUUGUUGAUGCGUCUGUGAGAGAGGUGAACUCGCUUUUAGGCGAUGAAAGUAAAGCCUGGAGUCUCCUAUGCCACCUGGACAGCUCUCUUCUGAGCUACAAGACAAAUCUAGAGGAACUUGUCAAAAGAAAACAAGAAACCAUUCCUAAAACUCUCAGUGCUAAUUUCAAUAACGUUUACUUGUUUAGGGAUUAUGUACAAAAACCAGAACAUCUUUUCUCAGAAGACACUAGAACCGCCUGCCUGUCCACAUUAGCAGACCUCAAAAACAUCUGUCACAAAUACUUCCUCAGUCGAAUUCACACAGAACUAAAGCCGCUGUAUCGUAAGCUGUGGACUCAAGCUUGGUUUGCUAGACAUUGUGAGGUUGUGGAGGAGCUGAUGAAGGCGCUUGAGGAUAACAUGGAUCAAUUCAAAGAGCUAAAGCCUGUCUGCCGAGAGGAACUGCUGGCUGAGCUGCAUAUAGAAGUAACGGUUGAGUACGUGAGACGAAUGAUGAAGAGAAAACUGAAACUGAAGGACAAAGAACAGCAAGAAGCAGCUGCGGAGUUCAUCUGCCACGACAACAGUAAAAUCUGCUCUGUGUUUGCCAAAGUGGGAUCCAAAGAGGAAUGGCUCGGUCAAAUACUGCCCAAAUUAUCAGAAAUUCUGAAACUCCAGGAUCCUGGGAGUUUGCAACUUGAGAUUGCAACUCUGGCAAGAGACUAUCCUGACAUUAGUGAGCAGCAUGUUCUUGCUAUCCUGAACCUGAAGACCAACCUUUCAAGCUCAGAUCAGCGUAGGAUCAAAGGGUGUUUGAGUGAAAACCGAGUCACACAGGACACUGAGUCCCCCCCUGCCUUCUUCUCUAGAGUACUCGUCAAACGGAAAAUCAUCUGAAUGCCCUGUUACAUCUAUAGCUAAUGUUCAUCAGCUGUGAUCAGUGAUGUAAAGUAUUUGAGUAAAAGUAAUUAGUUACUGUACUUAAGGUUCUUUUUGGCGUACUUUUACCGAGCAUCAAAGAUAUUAGCAACUUUUACUCUAUGCGCAAGAUGGAGCGGAAUACGGGAAAUCAAGUUUACCUGGGCCUUAAAGCCCAAAGCAUACUUCGGCCGUCCGCGCACCGUCCGCAUGACAUCAUUUUCGUCAUCAGGAGGGUCCGCGGACGUCCGCACACCCCGUCCACGUGCAGCCCAAUUUUUGAGACCACACAGAGGGUGUGCAUAUAACAGCGCAUGUGUGAGCGCUUCAUGUAGCGCUUCAAAACUGCAGUUAACUAGAUAGUGCACACGCGCCAAAUGCACCUUUUCGCGCUUACGGCUAGAGGAGUACGCUUUAAAAGACUCGCGGGCACAGCUGUACAUUAGACGGAGCAGAAGGUGUGUGUAAAACAGCGCAUGUGCGAGUGACUUGAGCGCUUGAAAACUGCAGUCCACUAGAUAGUGUACACGAGCCGAACGCAUCUCUUUGUGCUCACGGCCAAAGGAGUAUACUUUAAAAGGCUCGAGCGCUCAACAGUGAAGUAUACCCCGGCCUUUAUUACACUUUGCAUGGCUCCUAACUUUUUCUGCAGCAGUUUAUUUCUGCUAUCUUGUGCGUAUUGCUCUCACUCACCCAAACUUGUUAACGAGGCUACCUUACAUGAAUGUGAGUGCAUUAGCAGUAGUGAGUGUCAUUACCGGCACGUCCAGUUCAAGUAAGCUUUGACUGUUUAAUUUAACUUAAAGGUGCAGUAAGUGGUAUUUGAACUACACUGUUGGACAUUGUUGAUAUUUGAAAUCAACCCAAACAAACACACCCCUCUCUUCAUAGCUCCGCCUCCAAAACUCACACUCCAAUUCUAACCACCCUGCUCUGAGUCAGUCUCGAACCACUGCCCGAUUGCUGCUGGUAUGCUGGUAUUUAUUGCUAAGCACCACAUUCUCUAGCAGUGGUUUAACUGCAGAACUCUCACUAUCUGGCCGCUGUUGCACACGCAAUGCGAGUGGAUGUCUGUUUAUCACAGCGGACGCACAACAAAAUGCUUCACAAAAAAUUAUGCCCAGGCAUAAACCUUCAUUGCAGUGAUAUUCUUUUGAAAUGUUUUGUAUUGUGUCCCAUUUCUCCUUCUGCAGUUUUUUUCUCCUUAUUUUCAAAUCUCUCUCUUGCACGUUCUCUCUCCUCGACCGUCAUACGCCCCCUGAUGCUGAUUGGUUACACGUUUGUUAUUACACUCGGCCGACUAACUUCCAAACAGUGGAUUUGAAAUAUCACCGAGUCCCCCUUUAACAGUAUUUCAUGUAUCCAUUAUAUUGAAGAGACCUUUCUAAAGGAUAUUGUUUUCCCUUUUUGAGCACUUGAGCUUAACUGAGACUUGAGUGUUUGUAGACGUUUAAGAGGCUUUUGUGUCAUCCUUGAUUCAUUGCAAUAUUGAGGUGUUCAGUUUUAUGUUGAUUUUAUAAUAUAAACAUGUAAAUGCUCUCCUCAUGAGUCAGCUGUUUCUUGUUUUUCACUGGGGUGUCUCGUAGGGGUUGAGGACUGUUAUAUCUUUGAGCAUAAAAUCAGAUACUCAAAGAAUUUUAUUCAAGUUGUAUUAGAAUUGGUGACUUGCAAUGGAGUCAUUUUUGCUGUAAGGUAUCUGUACUUUUACUUAAGUAUGGUUUUCAGGUAGUCUUUAUCCAUCUGACUGUGAUGCACACUGUGAUGCGUAAUCAGUAUUGUAACAUUAUGUAAUAUUAUUAAUAUAUUGACGUAUUGAUAUAGUAUUUAUUAUUAAGAAAACUCAGUGUUUUUCUGUUCGUUUUUCUCAGCUGAUUUACACUGUUCCCCAAAACUAAGGUCAAGAAUAAUAUAUUUGGAAAUUUGUAUUUAAUCAGUGACGUAUUACAAUACGAUGGAACAUCACAAGGUGUUCAGAUGGAUGUGUUUAGAGCACUAACAUUGUAUAAUCAGUUGAGAAAACCUGUGAAAUGUUAAAAUCAAAUGUGAAAAGGUGUAUAUAUAUUUAUCUCUCAGUGUACAGUGUUUUAGCUUUAUUUGAAUGAAUGCAGGAGAUCGACUGGGGAAGCAACUGUAAGAUAUUCAGAGAGCAAGAGAGAAAACAUGUGGCUUGUAGGAAUACAUUGUGGAUGAAGUUAGCGUGUUAGCUGAUACCGUUUUCAUAACAUACACAAUAAACAUCUUUCUUUUUUUCAAAGCUCUGAAAAUAAAGACAAUUAUUUAAAUGUUCUGUCAAUGCAUGUAUGUUUCAUAAUGCAGCAAGUACCUUGCUUCACAGUAACAAACUGUCUAUCAAUUACUGUAAGCCAUCAAUGCAAAUUGGUAAAUAUAAAGAAAUGCCACUGUCAAGAGUAUGUUAAAUGUUUUUUUUUUUUUUACCUUUGCUGUCAAUGUAAAUGUCUUUCACCUAUAGCAGCUGAAUAAAAUUUUGUUCAACAUUGUCAUGAAAUGAAA